AUGCUGGCCGAACUCGACGACCUCGAAAUCCACGUCAUCGUCAACGAUGAGCUCGACCCCAUCUCUCCCUCCCCCAACCCGGCCGUGAAGGUGGCCAGCCGCUUCAUGGGCAUCCCACUCACCCCGCUGGACUCGGAUGCAGGUGCACGCCGCGGCGGAGCGGCCAUGGAAAUGCGCAUGGACAACAUCUGCUGCGCGGCGCACGGGAUCUCUCUCCUCCUCUCUGACGACCAAGCCCAGAUUGCCACCAAAGGCAACCAAAAGCACUACCUCCUCUUCGACGCCGGCCCAGAAGGCGAGGUCUGGGAGCGCAACUCCCGCCGGCUCCGCGCAGAGAUUGGCCGCAUCGAACACGUCGUCCUAUCUCACUACCAUCGAGACCACUCCGGUACACAGACUAUGCGGCCUAACCAAAGCAAUCGAACUCAUCAACAGCAACGCCGCUGCCCCAAAACAGGUCACGGUGGACGUGCACCCAGACCGGCCUGCCUUCCGAGGCGUCCAGGCCGACCGACCGAUCUCGCUCGAAGCCGACCCCUCGUUCGAAGAGCUGGAAGCUGCCGGGGCCACGCUGCUGAAAACAGAUCAGCCGCAUACAGUGCUGGAUGGCUUCUUCUUUGUUUCGGGCGAGAUCCCGCGCGAGACGGCCUACGAGGAUGGCAUCUACGGGGGACUGCGCUUCCAUGA